AUGGAACAAGAUCUGGAUGUUCAAGGAAUGCAACUGAGUUUUAUGAUACAGUCUGUCAGUUCGGGUGCAAUGAUGGCUGUGUGGGAUCUGGUUCCCAAGUUAGACGAUGUUAAAAGAAUGGAACUUGGAGUGGACAAGAACCCUAAGCUGAUGAUUUAUUCCAUAUUUUUGGAUGUGCUUUUUAUUUUAGCAAUUACCUGUCCAAGGCUUCCUUCACCGUCCAAUGGAACAAGAUUUGGGUGUCUAGACAGUCCAAGAGUGUACAAUGGUUCAGUGUGGCAGUCCGCGUGUAAUAAUGGUUAUGUAGGAUCUGGUACUCAGGUUAGAAGAUGUCAAGAGAAUAGAACUUGGAGCGGACAAGAAUUUUUUUGUCAAGUUGUGACGUGCCCUGCAUUGAUGUCACCAGCCAAUAGCAUACGACAUGGAUGCUCUGGGUAUGCAACAGUAUACCCUUAUAAUACAGAGUGUCAGUUCUCUUUCCUUGAGGGUUAUAAGCUUAUUGGCUCCAGGUUGAGAAAAUGUCAAGACUGCGGGCUUUGGAGCGGAAGGGAAUCAUAUUGCGAGACUAUGGGACAUCCAUGCCAUUCUCCAUGUCUUUUGGCUGCAGCUCAUGGGCGCAUAUUGGCGUUUGAUUGCGGUAACAAGAGUAGUUUUUCAAUCGUUUUCAAUUUGUCAAGUCCUGCAGCUAUAGACGUUCAUUACGGCUUUGGCCUCAUAUUUUGGAGUGAUCUGACGGAACGUAACAUCAAGCGCUCGAAUAUGGACGGCACAAACAUAACAGUUAUCCACGAUGACACCAAAAGUUAUGGACUCGCAGUGGAGUGGUCUUCAUUGCUAUUGUACUGGACUGAUAAUUCAAAACAUACGAUAUUAGUGUCAGACUUCGAGGGAAAUAACAUACGAACUGUCAUUUCGAGGUUCCCAGCCUUUUUCCCAGCGGGAAUUGUUCUCGACCCACACGAGGGCGUAAUGUUUUGGACUCAGAGGUUGUGGGGAAAUGUCCUGAGAUCAACUAUGUACGGAGCGCAGGCUGAGCUGCUGGUGAGAUCAAAUCUUUCUGACCCAUUUGGCAUCACCCUUGAUAGACAAAACAAACUUGUUUUCUGGAUGGACGAGGUCACUGGCGCUAUAGAAUCUUCUGAUUACGAUGGAAACAACAGAAGAUCACUCUUUGAAUUAAAGAGGCGUCUCUUUUUUAGUUAUAUUGGGAUUUUCUUUAGCUGGUCAUAUUUAUUUGUUACAGACAUUGAUGGAAAUGGUUACAAAGUGGAUACUUUCAAAGGAACGGUGGAAAGUCAUUUUUACAUGAACACUACCCACACUUUUGGAAUAGUCGUUUUUAACAGCUCCUUGCAGUUACCAGCUGUAUUGAUUACGUGUCCAGUGUUGCCUACACCGUCCAACGGAGCAAAGUUUGGAUGUCAUUGGAAUAUAAUGUAUCGUGGUACAGAGUGCCACUUCUUGUGUAAUUAUGGCUACAUAGGAUCUGGUUCUAAUGUAAGAAGAUGUCAACGCAAUGGAAUUUGGACAGGACAGGAGUUUUCUUGUCAAGAACUUGGACGACCUACUUGCAAUUCCCCAUGUCUUUUGGUUUCCAGUUAUGACCGCAUAUUUGCUUUGGAGUUCGGUAACAAGUUGAGUUAUAUAGUCGUUUCAAAUUUAACUGUACCUCUUGCUUUAGACUUUCAUUACAACUUGGGCUACAUUUUUUGGAGCGAUGCCGAACGAAACAUCAAACGCUCGAAUAUAAACGGCACAAGUAUAAAAGCUAUUCACAAUAACGCAUGUACAAGAGUCUGUGGGGAUCUAGCAGUUGAGUGGAAUUCAUUGCAACUGUACUGGACUGAUCUCACAAAUGGUACCAUAUCGGUAUCAGACCUCGAGGGAAAUAACAAGAGCAUUGUCUGGUUUUUAAAAGGUGGAAGUCCAAAAGGAAUGUCCCUUGACCCAUACGAGGGAUUGAUGUUUUGGACUGACUGGGGGAGCCCGCCGAAAAUCGAGAAAUCAACUUUAAAUGGCAAGGAGCGUUCCGCCAUAGUGACGACCAAUGUUAAGGAGCCAUGUGGUAUCACUCUUGAUCGACGAAACAAGUUAAUUUUCUGGGUGGACGUUAGAAUAUACGUAGUAGAGUCAGUUGAUUACAGUGGAAACAAUAGAAAACUUCUCGUUCAGCGAGGAGGAAUGUAUUUUUAUGGAGUGACUUUUACCUCGUCCUAUUUGUUCUUCAAUGAGCGGCUCAAAAAAACAGUUUUCCAAGUAGAUGCCUAUAAUGGAACGGUUGUAGGUAUUGUAACAACCGGGGGUUUUUUAUCAGGUGGAAUCGUCGCAUUUGACAGCUUGUUGCAGUUACCAGAGUUCGUGUGUCCAGCGUUGCCUGCGCCAACUAAUGGUGCAAUACUUGAAUGCUCGGGCAAUGCAUCAUUUUAUUAUGAUACAGUCUGUCGAUUUAUGUGUAAUAAUGGCUAUGUAGGAUCUGGUUCUCGAGUGAGAAGAUGCCAACAGGAUGGAACUUGGAGCGGACAAGAGUUUAUUUGUCAAAAGCUCUCCGGUGUCCGCUGCCGACUAAUGGUAUACCUUUGGAAUGUAACUCUACAAGAACGACACAGGUGUUAUAUGACGCAGAAUGAAGGAUCUCUUGCAUAGAGGGGCCUGGGGUGAUUGGAUCAACAGUAAGGAGAUGUAACGCAAAUGGAAAAUGGAAUGGAACAGACCACGUCUGCAAAAGUAUAAGAACUGCGAACAUAUAUUAUAAUCAGUUGAAAUAAUCGUUGUGAUUCUUCAGGUAUUGUGGUCAGUUACACUGUCGAUGCCGCAAAUAGAUGCUGCGCAUGUGCCUAGUAAUAGAUCGUAAAUGACGUCAAAAUGUUGUAAGGAAAUAAUGUGCCACGUGUGUCCAAUAGAACAAAGCUUGGAUGUCCAGGGAAUACAACAGUUUAUGUUUUCUCUUUCUUUUACUAUUUUGUCCAUCAUAUAUAAUGCAUUUGUCACAGCGACUAUAUGUUGAUCUAUAACUACCUGUUCAUCACAUGAGAUGGUCUGAGACCCGGGGAUGUUCGAAAGAGCCCUCUAAGGAAGAUCUCCACAUCUCCACAUCGCAGUUAAAACCAACUUAGAGAAAAUGAACAGAUGUAAAUUAUUCCAUACGAGUGGUCGUCUGUAAAAAUCGAGCAGAGGUGUUGAAAAUGAAAAAAUAGAAAUUUUUCAAACUUUGCCAGAACAUACUAGGUAUGAAUGGCCUUAGUUACGGAAAAAUAUAAAAAAUGCCGAAAAAAAUUCUUUUGGGAGAACGGAGGCGUUUGGCGUUUUAGGGGUUCAUAACCGUGUUUUCCCGGUGAAAUAGUGCACCUCAAGAUAACGGCCCAAAAAAUUUACUUCGCCAGCAAUUCGGAAACCACGUGAAAAUUCUAAAAUAAGAGAUGUUUAUCAAAGGUUCUUAAGUAUUUUUUCCAAG